UUCAUGGAGAACCGGAAGCAGAACUCCGGCCGGCGCCGCCGCGAGCAGUCGUCGUCAACCUCUUUGUCUUCGCGUCGUAGCGUGAAGAGGAAGCUUGGUGAGGAGUUCGACCAAGACCUUGGGAGGGCCGGAGACGAGUCGCCUCUUGAUUCCCAUCAAGAUCUCGUGCGCGAAGUUCGUACGCAAGUCGAGAUCCUUGAUUCUGCUUUCUCCUACGCCGAGGAAGAUCGGGCGGCAGCCAAGAAGGCCACCAGCGUCCUAUCCGAACUCGCCAAGAAUGAGGAUAUAGUGAACGUGAUUGUGGAUUGUGGGGCUGUCCCGUCUCUGGUCAGUCACCUGCAGGCUCCACCGCCGAUGAGGGAGGGAGACAGUGGUCCAAGACCUUACGAGCAUGAAGUGGAGAAAGGGAGUGCCUUUGCCCUCGGGCUUCUUGCUAUUAAACCAGAGCAUCAGCAGCUCAUUGUUGAUGCAGGAGCUCUACCCCCUCUUGUGGAUCUGUUGAUGAGACAUAGGAAUUGUCUAAACUCUCGGGCAGUAAGUGGUGUUAUUAGGAGAGCAGCUGAUGCAAUCACUAAUCUUGCCCACGAAAAUAGCAGCAUUAAAACCUGUGUUAGGAUUGAAGGUGGUAUCCCUCCACUUGUUGAGUUGCUUGAAUUUGCUGACCCGAAGGUGCAGAGAGCAGCGGCUGGAGCCCUUCGAACCCUUGCUUUUAAAAAUGAUGAGAACAAAAAUCAGAUUGUAGAAUGCAAUGCUUUACCUACUCUUAUACUAAUGCUGCGGUCUGAAGAUGCUGCUAUACACUAUGAAGCGGUUGGUGUUAUUGGAAAUCUUGUCCACUCAUCUCCAAACAUUAAGAAAGAAGUCCUAGCUGCUGGAGCUUUGCAACCUGUCAUCGGGUUACUUAGAUCCCGCUAUUCAGAAAGCAAAAGAGAAGCUGCUUUGCUGCUUGGGCAAUUUGCUGCAACAGAUUCAGAUUGUAAGGUGCAUAUUGUUCAAAGAGGUGCUGUGCCGCCACUGAUAGAAAUGCUCCACUCUCCUGAUGCUCAAUUAAAGGAAAUGUCAGCAUUUGCCUUGGGGAGGUUAGCGCAGGAUAGCCACAAUCAAGCUGGUAUAGCCCACAGUAGGGCAAUAGUGCCACUAUUGAAGCUUCUUGAAUCCAAAAAUAGAUCUCUACAACAUAAUGCUGCCUUUGCUCUCUACGGGCUUGCUGAUAAUGAGGAUAAUGUUGCGGAUCUUAUUAGGGUGGGAGGUGUUCAGAAAUUUCAAGAUGGUGAAUUAAUUGCCCAACCAACUAGGGAUUGUGUAGCUAAAAUGCUGAAAAGACUUGAAGAGAAGAUCAACGGAAGGGUAUUGAACCACUUAUUGUAUAUGAUGCGUGUAGGAGAGGAAGAUAUUCGAAGACGAGUGGCUUUGGCUCUAGCGCAUCUUUGUUCUCCUGAUGACCAGAAAAAGAUUUUCAUUGAUUAUAAUGGACUGGCGUUGCUUUUGGAGCUUCUGGAAUCAACUGACUCAAAGCACCAAAGAGAUAGUUCUAUGGCUUUAUGCACGUUGGCUAGCAAAGCCAGUUUGCUAUCUUCCAUGAAUGCUCCUCCUCCUUCCCCAAUACCUCAGGUGUAUUUGGGUGAGCAGUAUGUAAAUAAUCCAACAUUAUCUGAUGUCACAUUUUUAGUUGAAGGAAAAAGGUUCUAUGCACACAGAAUUUGCUUGCUUGCUUCUUCUGAUGCAUUCCGGGCUAUGUUUGAUGGUGGUUACCGGGAAAAAGAUGCUAAAGAUAUAGAGAUUCCAAAUAUUAGAUGGGACAUUUUUGAAUUGAUGAUUAGGUACAUAUACACAGGAUCUAUUGAUGUCAACUUAGAUGUUGCAGAGGAUCUUCUGAGGGCUGCUGAUCAGUAUUUACUCGAGGGUCUGAAGCGUCUUUGUGAAUAUGCCAUUGCACAGGAUAUAUCUGUGGAGAAUGUCUCUCUCAUGUUUGAGUUGUCGGAGGCAUUUAAUGCUUUGUCUUUGCAGCAUGCUUGUAUCUUAUUCAUCCUGGAAAAGUUUGACAAACUAUGUGUCAUGCCAUGGUAUUGUCAGCUGAUCCAACGAAUUUUACCAGAGACUCGUAAUUACUUUGUAAAAGCGCUGAUGAGACCGAUCCAAGCUAAAUGAAGGUGAUGGAUCGUCUGACAAAAUUUUGGUAUUAUCUUUGACUAAUUAGUUAGGUGAGAAAAUGUACAGAAAUACCUUAGUUUAGAAUUGACAAGUUGAACAGAAACAAGAAUCAAUUUGUAUUCUUGACCAGGAAGAACCUGAAGUCACCCCAUUCGAUGCAUAUUUAAUUACUGACUUGUUAAUGGUCUUGGAAAUCUUUACUGCUGAUGAAUGAUUGGGUGAUGAUAAUCUUACAGGGUAACUACUGACAUUUAUGCUACUCGAAAAUAACAGAUGUUAUCGUUUUUGACAGAAGGGAGUCUAAUAAGCAGAAAACCUACUGCAAAUCUUUGUAAGGACAAGAAGGCUACGGUUGUUGGAGGGGAGAUGUGAACUAAAAGCUGCAAUUGAACAUUAUACACACAAGUCAAUUGGCCAUACCAGUGAAAGAAUAACGGCUUUAAUUCUAGCUUUUCUACUUCUCACACAUUUCAUCCUUUGGCCAGAAACACACGAUAAACCAAAGCCUGAACCAUCGAGCAAACACCAUAGCAUAGACAGAGAAUAGACAGAGAAUGCAAGUCUGGAAACAUAAAAGAAGAAACUAUAACACAACCUCUAUUCUUACAACAGAGACGGGAG